AUGUCAUCCAAUAGAAAGAGAGAAUCUAAAACUACCGAGAUUAGAGUAGCGGGAGUGAACGAGAAGCAACUGUGUGUGGUUGGGUCGUUCUUCAAUGGUCUUCAAAUCCCUAGUUCCACUGAGUUUGACUUGUAUCAGCACAAGAAAAGAACCGGAGACUUCAUAUUACACGGAGAAAAUGAUAAAUUGAUCUACGAAGGUGAAGACCAAAAUGGUUCUGCUUCCAGUAACAAUGAUUAUAUUGUUGCUGUAUACGAUCCAAUCAAUAAAUCGGUGGACCUUUUCAAAUCCCCAUACGUUAACGGUAAGGUUAUCUCUAGAGCCAAGAGAACCUAUAAGGGACCAGCGGUCAAGCAAGUAGGAACACGUAACGUUGACCAGCGUAAUGCCCUUGGGGAGGCGUUUGGUACCAAGAAGGCCAAGUCUGCUAUUGCCAAUGUUGAGAAGAAUAGAAUCGAUGCUGACAAGUUACAAGACGUUGAAUCAGAUAUUAUUGAUUCCUUAGCAAAGACCACUCAAGCAUUACCAACAAGACAAGAAAUAGAUACCGGUAUCACACAGGACAGACCUACCCCAGUGGCCAAUGUUGAUGCUACGAACGUGGAAGAUAUCUAUCCAAUACAUAACAUAAUACCGAAGAGAGAAUGGAGCUUCUUGAGAGUUGGCCCUAUCUUAGAAGCCAGCGGUGACGAUAGUGUAAAGUUGGAAUUGUUACCAUACGGAAAAUCAAACUAUGUUCAACAACAUCUCAAUAAGAUCAUCUCCACCGGUUCUACCGAAAAGUUGCAACUCUUGUACUAUGCUUCAUUAUUAUUUGGAGUGUAUGAACAUCGUAGAGUCAAGGAUAAGGAAUCUUUGUUGACCAGAUUGGAGAACAAGCCUUCAGAAAUUUUAAUCGAUGGUGUUUUGGAAAGAUUCACUAUUGCUAGAACUACACAAUACGGUAAGUCUAAGGAUAGAUCGUUCAUAAUUGAUCCAAACCACGAGGAUAAGUUGUUGUGUUACUUGUUGGCAAUUAUAUUCCACUUGGAUAACUUCAUGGUUGAAUUGUCUCCAUUGGCCAACGAAUUAAAUAUGAAACCAACCAGAUUGGUCAGUUUAAUGAAGGCUCUAGGUGCCGUGGUGAAAUCAUCUACUGUUGCGCAAGCUGAAGCCUUCGGUAUUCCAAAGGCCGCAGCAAGUACUUACAAAGUUGCAACGUUGAAGGUUCCAUUCAAGCUUCCAGAGAUGAGCAGAAGAGUAAGGAAAUCUGGAAGAUAA